AUGGGAAACGCGUUUCGAAAUAUCUAUAAUCUUCUGCAGGGAGAUGGUGACUGUCUGGCAACAUUCGUAGGACAAGCAGCCUUCUACGACGCAUUAAGAGAACUGGCCAAAAGAAAAAAAUGGAAAAUUUGGCUUAAGGAUACGGAAAAAAUUAUAUCACCUUACCACGACAGCUCAAAUCCUGAAAAGCAACUCAGAGAAAUGUUAGAUAAAAUCGGAUUUUCGUUUAUUGAAAUACAGUACAAGAGAUUAUCUUUUCAGUAUGAAAGCGCAGAAUUAUUUCAGGAAGCGAUUAAGGCACUCACUCCAUUCAAGAUUCCUGCAGACAUAUUCAACGAAUUUUUAGCUGAACUUUUUGAAGAAAUGCAAAGAAUAGAUUUUGAAGUCUACAAAUAUGAAAAAUCUACUAGUGAAUGGGUUCAUAACUUUAACUUGUUUAUUCUUUAUAUAAAAAAAUAAUGUAU